GCGGUUGGAGCCGAGCGCGCCGCGUCGCCCGCCGCCGGUGCAGAGCGUGGGGAGCACUCGGCCGGCCGCAGCCCUCGCCAGCCGCGGAGGGUCGCGUCCCGCGCCUCUGGCCAGGCCGCCCCGUGCCCGGGCCUUUCCGUCCUUGGAGCAGAUCGUUGCCCGCCUGGCGCCCGCCUGCAGUGACAGCGCCCGCCGGAGCCGAGGCCGCGGCGGCGGCCGUGCCCAUGCCCGGGUGUCCACGCUUAGCAGCUUUCUCACCACUGCCAAACCUUGCCUGGGCACUGGGACCGUAGGUGGCCGCCUGUCCCCAGCUGUGGCUGAGCCAAGAUUGCACUUGUGAGAAGGCCUGACAGGCAGCAUGGGCGACAUGGCCAAUAGUUCCAUCGAGUUCCACCCCAAGCCCCAGCAGCAGCGGGAUGCCCCCCACGCUGGAGGCUUUGGGUGCACGCUGGCAGAGCUGCGUGCCCUCAUGGAGCUGCGAGGGGCCGAGGCACUGCAGAAGAUCGAGGAGGCCUACGGGGAUGUCAGCGGGCUCUGCCGGAGGCUGAGGACCUCACCCACAGAGGGCCUGGCGGACAACACCAAUGACCUGGAGAAGCGCAGGCAGAUCUACGGGCAGAACUUCAUCCCCCCCAAACAACCCAAGACCUUCCUGCAGCUGGUGUGGGAGGCCCUGCAGGACGUGACCCUCAUCAUCCUGGAGGUGGCUGCCAUCGUCUCUCUGGGCCUCUCGUUCUAUGCGCCGCCGGGAGAGGAGAGUGAAGCCUGCGGGAAUGUGUCAGGAGGCACAGAAGAUGAGGGUGAGGCCGAGGCUGGCUGGAUAGAGGGGGCUGCCAUCCUGCUGUCUGUCAUCUGUGUGGUGCUGGUCACAGCCUUCAAUGACUGGAGCAAGGAGAAGCAGUUUCGAGGCCUGCAGAGCCGAAUUGAGCAGGAGCAGAAGUUCACGGUCAUCCGGAACGGGCAGCUCCUCCAGGUCCCCGUGGCUGCGCUGGUGGUGGGGGACAUUGCCCAGGUCAAGUACGGCGACUUGCUGCCAGCCGACGGCGUGCUCAUCCAGGCCAAUGACCUCAAGAUCGACGAGAGCUCCCUGACGGGCGAGUCUGACCAUGUGCGCAAGUCAGCUGACAAAGAUCCCAUGCUGCUCUCAGGCACUCAUGUCAUGGAAGGUUCUGGAAGAAUGGUGGUGACCGCCGUUGGUGUGAACUCACAGACAGGCAUCAUCUUCACGCUGCUUGGAGCUGGUGGAGAGGAGGAAGAGAAGAAAGAUAAGAAAGGCAAGCAGCAGGAUGGGGCCAUGGAGAGUAGCCAGACCAAAGCUAAGAAGCAGGACGGCGCAGUGGCCAUGGAGAUGCAGCCCCUGAAGAGCGCGGAGGGUGGGGAGAUGGAGGAGCGGGAGAAGAAGAAAGCCAACGCACCCAAGAAGGAGAAGUCUGUCCUUCAGGGAAAGCUCACAAAGCUAGCGGUGCAGAUCGGGAAAGCAGGGCUGGUGAUGUCCGCCAUCACCGUCAUCAUCCUGGUCCUCUACUUUGUGAUCGAGACGUUUGUUUUGGAAGGCCGGACAUGGCUGGCAGAGUGCACACCGGUCUAUGUGCAAUACUUCGUGAAGUUCUUCAUCAUUGGUGUCACUGUGCUGGUCGUGGCUGUCCCAGAGGGCCUGCCACUUGCAGUCACCAUCUCCUUAGCUUACUCUGUCAAGAAAAUGAUGAAAGACAACAACCUGGUGCGCCACCUGGAUGCCUGCGAGACCAUGGGCAAUGCCACAGCCAUCUGCUCUGACAAGACGGGCACACUUACCACCAACCGUAUGACCGUGGUCCAGUCCUACCUAGGGGACACCCACUACAAAGAGAUUCCGGCCCCCAGCGCCCUGACCCCUAAGAUCCUCGACCUCCUGGUCCAUGCCAUCUCCAUCAACAGUGCCUAUACCACCAAAAUACUACCUCCUGAGAAGGAAGGCGCCCUCCCACGCCAGGUGGGCAAUAAGACGGAGUGCGCCCUGCUGGGCUUCGUCUUGGACCUGAAGCGAGACUUCCAGCCCGUGCGCGAGCAGAUCCCGGAAGACAAGCUUUACAAAGUAUACACCUUCAACUCGGUCCGCAAGUCCAUGAGCACAGUCAUCCGCAUGCCCGACGGUGGCUUCCGCCUCUUCAGCAAGGGGGCCUCAGAGAUCCUGCUGAAAAAGUGCACCAACAUCUUAAACAGCAAUGGCGAACUCCGAGGCUUUCGGCCUCGGGACCGGGACGACAUGGUGAGGAAGAUCAUUGAGCCGAUGGCUUGCGAUGGCCUCCGCACCAUCUGCAUCGCCUACCGGGACUUCUCUGCAGGCCAGGAGCCCGACUGGGACAACGAGAACGAGGUCGUGGGUGACCUCACCUGCAUAGCUGUCGUGGGCAUUGAGGACCCCGUGCGGCCCGAGGUCCCUGAAGCUAUCCGAAAAUGCCAGCGUGCUGGCAUCACAGUCCGCAUGGUGACUGGAGACAACAUCAACACGGCCCGGGCCAUCGCAGCCAAAUGUGGCAUCAUCCAGCCCGGGGAGGACUUCCUGUGCCUGGAAGGGAAGGAGUUCAACCGACGGAUCCGCAACGAGAAAGGCGAGAUAGAACAGGAGCGGCUGGACAAGGUGUGGCCCAAGCUGAGGGUGCUGGCCCGGUCGUCUCCCACCGACAAGCACACGCUGGUCAAAGGGAUUAUCGACAGCACCACUGGCGAGCAGCGGCAGGUGGUGGCUGUGACAGGGGAUGGCACCAACGAUGGGCCGGCCCUCAAGAAGGCGGACGUAGGCUUCGCCAUGGGCAUCGCAGGGACCGACGUGGCCAAGGAGGCCUCCGACAUCAUCCUGACCGAUGACAACUUCACCAGCAUCGUCAAGGCCGUCAUGUGGGGCCGUAACGUCUAUGACAGCAUCUCCAAGUUCCUGCAGUUUCAACUGACGGUCAAUGUGGUGGCCGUGAUCGUGGCCUUCACAGGCGCCUGCAUUACUCAGGACUCUCCUCUCAAAGCCGUGCAGAUGUUAUGGGUGAACUUGAUCAUGGACACGUUUGCCUCUCUGGCCCUGGCGACGGAGCCACCCACGGAGUCGCUGCUGCUGCGGAAGCCGUACGGCCGUGACAAGCCCCUCAUCUCCCGCACCAUGAUGAAGAACAUUCUGGGCCAUGCCGUGUACCAGCUCGCCAUCAUCUUCACCCUACUGUUUGUCGGGGAGCUCUUCUUUGACAUCGACAGCGGGAGGAACGCGCCCUUGCACUCGCCACCCUCAGAGCACUACACCAUCAUCUUCAACACCUUCGUCAUGAUGCAGCUCUUCAACGAGAUCAAUGCCCGCAAGAUCCAUGGCGAGAGGAACGUGUUCGACGGCAUCUUCAGCAACCCCAUCUUCUGCACCAUCGUUUUGGGCACUUUCGGGAUUCAGAUUGUCAUUGUCCAGUUCGGCGGGAAGCCCUUCAGCUGCUCCCCACUAUCCACGGAACAGUGGCUCUGGUGCCUGUUUGUUGGUGUUGGGGAGCUGGUCUGGGGACAGGUCAUUGCCACCAUCCCCACCAGUCAGCUCAAGUGCCUGAAGGAAGCUGGGCAUGGGCCCGGGAAGGACGAGAUGACCGACGAGGAGCUGGCCGAAGGCGAGGAAGAGAUCGACCACGCCGAGCGGGAGCUCCGCAGGGGCCAGAUCCUCUGGUUCCGGGGCCUGAACCGGAUUCAGACGCAGAUGGAGGUAGUGAGUACCUUCAAGAGAAGCGGUUCAGUUCAGGGUGCUGUGCGCCGGCGGUCUUCGGUCCUCAGCCAGCUUCAUGACGUAACCAAUCUUUCUACCCCUACUCACAUCCGGGUGGUGAAAGCGUUCCGUAGCUCACUCUAUGAAGGCCUGGAGAAACCAGAAUCCAAGACCUCCAUUCACAACUUCAUGGCCACGCCCGAGUUUCUGAUCAAUGACUACACCCACAACAUCCCGCUCAUCGACGACACGGACGUGGACGAGAACGAGGAGCGCCUCCGGGCCCCCCAGCCCCCAUCCCCCAACCAGAACAACAACGCCAUAGACAGCGGCAUCUACCUGACCACGCAUGUCACCAAGUCAGCUACCUCUUCAGUGUUUUCCUCCAGUCCCGGGAGCCCGCUCCACAGUGUGGAGACAUCCCUCUAACAAGAACUUGUCUCAGCACAUGCGCACACGCACACUCAGACUCACACGAAGUCACAUGCACACAUGCACGCACACACACAUAUAGGGACCUGCACACCUGCAAAACGGGAGAACAACUAAGGUGGCUGAAGACCUUUCUGGCAGGGCAUUUGCAAGAAGCCAAAUCCAUUCAACAAGGGUGCAGCCUGCCACAGGCUCCUCAUCCGGACUGAGGAAGACGAGGACGGGGAGGAGGAAAAGGAGGAAGAGGAGGACAAAAAGGGGGAGGAGAAGGUUCUUCGUCCAAAGGAGGAAGGAGAAGAAGUAGAAAGUGUGAAGAGCUGAGUUCCCCACCUUUUUUUCUAUUGAUGCUUCUUUUUUAACGAACUACAGUUUCACCGCGUGUUUGCUUUUGGGCUGUGCAGUGGGCAGGGGGCUGCUUUGGGUUUAUUGGGAGCUUUUGUUGCACCCAUGAAGGAGCAAUCAGGUCAGCAUAUUCAUGCAAAAAAAAAAAAAAAAAGUUGAGUGCUCUGCAGGGCUGUGAAGGGUGCCACCUGAGGGAGCCGCCUGCAAGCAGCCCUGCAGCCACAAAGCAAUCCGCCCCCAGCAAAAACUAGGCACAUCUGCAGUGUGCAUGUGUGUGCAUGUGUGCACAUAUAUGUUUGUGGAUCUGUACACAUGCACAUAUAUAUGGCCAGAAGCAUAUUUCAAUAAGGAACUAUCUACUGGCAUGAUAUUUGCAUUCCUCUUUUCAGGCAUUUUCAUUUGGAAAUUUCAUUAUUGAAUGUAGCAAGGUUUUUUUUUUUUUGCUGUUGUUGUUUUUUGUUUUGUUUUAUUUUGUUUUGUUUUGUUUUCGGGGAACUAGACUGCAAGAAUAGCUUUCUGGUCAAUCCAUUUUUGUCCCUCAUCUCCCUGCCCCCACCCUUCGUUCCUGCCCUCUGCCUGGUCCUAUUGAGAUUCCCAAGAAGGCGGAGAGGGGACGCUCCAGGUCUGGAGCAGGUAUAAUUGGAGCAUUUGUACUGAGACCCCUGCCAGAGAGGAGAAAACCCUUUCAAUUGAAAUUUUAAUCUAAAAGGAAAAAAACAAAAUAUUGAUGAGAAGGAGUCCUCCAGUUAGUGAAACGGGAGUUUCGUUUUCAGCUUUCUUUGGUUUCUGCUGCAAUUCCACAUCCUUCAUCCUGGCCACGCCCCCAACUUCAAGAGCAUGAAGCACUCUUGGAGUUGUGGGUCCUGCCCAGAGUCCAGGGAGCAGCCCCAGCUGAGGACAGGUCCGAGGGGGCAGGGGCAGGGCCAAGAGUUCUAAAGAAGCCAAUGGAGGGAGAGGGAGCAUCAGAAGCCCGGAGGAGCUGGCGGUGGGAGAAUGAUGGCAGGGAGGCAGCCACAGUUCAGACCCUGUCCCCUCAGCACCUGGAUGGACUCCCACUGUUUGCUUUGGCAAAUGCCGAGGAGUCCUCAGUAGACCACCUCAAUGUCUGCUGUGACACCAGAGAUGCCAUCACCAAAGCACUCUUCCCACCCUAGUCUUUGUGUCCAGAGGCCAAGCUUAAGCCAUGAAGGCAUGGAUUUGUGGCUGAGCACCAGGUGCUGAGGGGAGCCUGUCCUGGCAGUGUGGGCGCCUGGUGGCCAAGCCUCAGUUUCCUCCAAAUGAGCAGAGGGGAUAAAGAGGGGCCUGACUUUUGCCACCCUCCUGAGGAAGCCCCUAGGUCCACACAGUGAUGCCAUGGGGGACCCUUGCCUUCUGCACUUGCAGGUGUCACGUUUUGCAGGGAGGUGGUUGGGCCUGGGGCUCAGCCGCUGGGAGACAGUUGGGACCUGAGGGACAGAGGAUCGGAAUGGAAGCCACCAAUGUGGACUGGCCCCCUCGGGAGGCUUGUCACACCUCCACUGGCAUCCACACAAACCAAACAGGAGCAGGCACCAUCCCCACUAUUACCAUUAAUGCCAUGUCACCCCUCAGCAGGAGUAGUCAAAUCUCGGGCAAAAGAAUUUUGGCUAGAAAAGAAAAUCCCACUUUAAAAUGCCAGCUGCAGAUAACUCAAAGCCAUCCCUUUUUUCUAAAGGGCACAUUGAGAAUGUUACCCAUUUGUAAACUGUUCCCUGAUGUCCUUGUUUAGACGAUAAUAAGAAAAAGGGCAACUCCAUUUGUUGAGGGUCUUUGUGUUCUUCAACGAGAAAUCAAAUUUGAGACAUUGACAUUGCGGAAGAUGAGCUGCGUGCUGCUGCAAUCACCGGCUUCUUCUCACUCUGUCGUAGACACACCGAUAGGACCAAUGGCCAAUAGAUAUUAAAAGCAAACCCUCACUGCUGCUGUAUAAAGUUGCCUCAUGUAAAUGUCGAUCGUUUAGUCCCUAGGUCACCUUUGUGCUGUGGUGUGCAGUUCAGAAACGGGGCACCGUGACCUGGAAUGUUUUGCUCUUAUUUUUGCAGUCUUCAGGCGGGGGGCCCUGUCUCACUGGGAAGCCCCUCUUUAUAAAGCAUUAUAUUACCUGGAAUGGCUUGGUCAACUGUGUUCAGUUCAUAAAUAUGUUUUACAUUUUUAUCUGCCUGUUACAAAGAUGAACAAAAAAAACUUAAUGAGAAAGAUCACAGAUGCAUAAUAAUUUAAAGUCUGUAGUUGAAUUUCCUAACUUAAAGAAUAGACCAAAAUUUCUGUGUAUAAAAAAAAUGAAAGGCUCCUUACAUCCUGGUCUGGA